UCUCUCCCAGCGAACGAAGCUACAUAAUUCAGAGCAACUGAGCUUGAGGCUUCAAAAUCUCAUUGAUCUGAACCAAACAGAGGAAAGUCUUCUGGAGUAAAAUUUGCAGCGAAGAAAAAUCCAGAUGGGGAAGGGAAGAACAACGAUCGAAGUUGGAGCUGAUGGGGUUGCUCUCAUCACCAUCGUCAAUCCUCCUGUCAAUUCUCUCUCUUUGGAUGUGUUAAGGAGCCUGAAAGAGAGUUAUGACCAAGCCUUAUGCAGAGAUGAUGUGAAGGCAAUUGUUGUUACAGGAGCCAAGGGUAAGUUUUCUGGUGGCUUUGACAUUUCCGGCUUUUCUGGAGUUCAAGAAGGAAAAGCGGAGCAGUCUGGUGGUUCUGUAUCAAUAGAUAUUCUAACUGACACUCUAGAAGCUUCUAGAAAACCUUUAGUUGCUGCAAUUGAGGGGCUUGCCUUGGGUGGAGGUUUAGAGAUUGCAAUGGUCUGCCAUGCACGGAUGUCAACCCCUACUGCACAGUUAGGCCUUCCUGAACUUCAACUAGGAGUCAUCCCUGGAUUUGGAGGAACACAGCGACUUCCCCGUCUUGUUGGUAUUACAAAGUCCCUUGAAAUGAUGUUGACUUCAAAACCGGUUAAAGGGGAGGAAGCUCAUGCUUUGGGCCUUGUAGAUGCCGUGGUUGCACCCAAUCAGUUGAUAAGCACUGCACGCCAAUGGGCCCUGGAUAUCUUGGAAUGUAGAAGACCAUGGGUUGCCACUCUUUACAAGACUGAUAAGUUAGAUCCUCUUGGGGAGGCAAGGGAAAUAUUCAAGUUUGCUAGGGUUCAGGCCAGGAAGCAGGCUCCAAAUCUCAAACAUCCGAUAGUCUGCAUUGAUGUUGUUGAAGAGGGUGUGGUUUCUGGUCCUCGGGCUGGACUUUUGAAGGAAGCUGAAGCUUUCCAAGAACUUGUGCAUUCUGACACAUGCAAAAGUUUGGUUCAUAUCUUCUUUGCUCAACGUGGAACCUCAAAGGUUCCUGGGGUAACUGAUCUUGGCUUGAUGCCACGACGAGUGAAUAAGGUUGCAAUUCUUGGUGGAGGAUUAAUGGGCUCUGGAAUAGCUACUGCAUUGAUUCUCAGUAAUUAUCCUGUGAUUCUGAAAGAAGUAAAUGAGAAGUUCUUGGAGGCUGGGAUUAAUAGAGUCAGAGCCAAUCUGCAAAGCCGUCUCAAAAAAGGAAAAAUGACUCAGGAAAAGUUUGACAAGACCAUGUCUAUCCUUAAGGGUACUUUGGACUACGAGAGCUUCAAAGAUGUUGAUAUGGUCAUUGAGGCUGUUAUUGAAAAUGUUUCUUUGAAGCAACAAAUUUUUGUUGAUCUUGAAAAAUAUUGUCCACCACAUUGCAUACUUGCUAGUAACACUUCAACAAUUGACCUGAAUUUGAUUGGUGAACGGACCAAGUCUCAGCAUCGGAUUGUUGGAGCCCAUUUCUUUAGUCCCGCCCAUGUCAUGCCACUUUUGGAAAUUGUUCGUACUAAUAAGACUUCUCCCCAAGUGAUUGUGGACUUACUAGAUAUUGGUAAAAAGAUAAAGAAGACUCCUGUUGUGGUCGGUAAUUGCACAGGCUUUGCUGUCAACAGGAUGUUCUUCCCAUACACACAAGCUGCUUUAUUGCUUGUUGAACGUGGAACAGAUCCUUAUCUGAUUGAUAGGGUGAUUACCAAAUUUGGAAUGCCAAUGGGUCCUUUCAGAUUGGCUGACCUUGUUGGUUUUGGAGUGGCAAUUGCAACUGGCAUGCAAUUUAUCGAGAAUUUCCCUGAGCGAACGUAUGGAUCAAUGAUUAUCCCAAUCAUGCAAGAGGAUAAGAGAACAGGUGAAACCACCCGCAAAGGAUUCUACUUUUAUGAUGAUAAACGCAAAGCGAGACCGGAUCCUGAACUAAAGAAAUAUGUUGAGAAGGCUCGGAGCAUUUCUGGUGUUACCAUUGACCCAAAGUUUGCUAAAUUAUCAGAGAAGGACAUUGUGGAGAUGAUAUUUUUCCCAGUGGUUAAUGAAGCCUGUCGAGUAUAUGCUGAAGGAAUUGCAGUCAAAGCUGCUGACCUUGAUAUUUCUGCUGUUAUGGGCAUGGGUUUUCCACCUUACAGGGGGGGUAUCAUGUUCUGGGCGGACUCUUUGGGGUCUAAGUACAUCUAUUCAAGUUUGAAGGAAUGGUCAAAACUGUAUGGAGAAUUUUUCAAGCCUUGUGCCUUCUUGGCUGAAAGAGCUGCCAAGGGAGCUCCUCUGAGUGUUCCGGUGGAACAGACCAAGUCAAAAUUAUAAGCUUUACUUGCUCAUUAUGGUAGGCGUUUGUUGGGAUCUUUGUUUCAUGCAUGCUGCUGUGUUGUACAACUCUGAUGCUGUAUCAUAUAGCUCUGGAGGAGCCAGAUAAUGUCGAGAUAAUAAAGUGAUGUAAAGAUGUUGAGAAAGUGGCCUGGACAUCUCGGAAUGUAGUCUCUAUAGGCAUUUCUUAAAGGCAAAAUAUGUUACUUUCAGCUCUCACACUGUUGCCCUUUUGCUGUCAACCCAAGAAAAUAUGUCUGUCCAUUAAAAUCAUCAGAGAUCUUUAUGGGGCCACGGCCAUUGCUGUAGUAACCAUAUAAAAGUGUGGAGACUAUUUGUUGCAUAAUAAUUGUUAUAUAUACUCCAAACAAAAAUCACAAUCAACUUGUCGAA